AUGGGCCCCAGCCUGCACAGUGGCCCUGGGGCCCAGCCUCCCCAGGGGCCUGUCCUGUCCAGGAGCCCGGCCUCCCCAGGGGCCCAUCCUGCCCUUAGGCCUGGUCUGCCCAUGGGCCCAUGGGCCCAUCUUGCCCAGGGGCCCAAGGGCCCAGCCUGCCCAGGGGUCCUGGGCCCCAGCCUGCCAUGGGCCCCAGCCUGCACAGUGGCCCUGGGGCCCAGCCUGUCCAGGGGCCUGUCCUGUCCAGGGGCCCAUCCUGCCCUUAGGCCCGGCCUUCCCAGGGGACCAAGGCCCCAUCCUGCCCAUUGGCCCUGCCUGCCCAAGGCCCCAGCCUGCCAAGGGGCCCGACCAUCCCAGGGGCCCAAGGGCCCAGCCUGCCCAGGGGUCCAGCCUGCCCAGGGGCGCGGCCUGCCCAGGGCCCAUCCAGCCCAGGGGCCUGGCAUGCCCAUUGGCCCAGCCUUCCCAUGGGCCCAGGGCCCCAUCCUGCCCAGGGGCCUGUCCUGCCCUGAGGCCUGGCCAUCCCAGGGGCCUAGGGGCACAUCCUGCCCAGGGGACCGGCCUGCCCAUUGGCCCAGGGCCCCAUCUUGCCCAGGGGCCCAGCCUGCCCUGAGGCCCAGCCUUCCUAUGGUCCCAGGGCCCCAUCCUGCCCAGGGGGCAGCCUGCCCUGAGGCCCAGCCUCCCCAAGGGCCCAUCCUGCUCAGGGGCCUGGCCUGCCCUGAGGCCCGGCCUCCCCAGGGGCCCAAGACCCCAUCCUGCCCAGGGGCCCUUCCUGCCCAGGGGCCUGGCCUACCCUGGGUCCCAGCCUAUCCAGGAGCCCUGGCCUGCCCAGGGGCCCAAGACCCCAUCCUGCCCAGGGGCCCGGCUUGCCCUGGGUCCCAGCCUACUCAGGAGCCCGGGCCUGCGCAGGGGCCCGGCCUGUGCAGGGGCCCAUCCUGCCCAGGGGCCCAAGUCCCCAUCCUGCCCAGGGGCCCGGCUUGCCCUGGGUCCCAGCCUACUCAGGAGCCCUGGCCUGCCCAGGGGCCUGCCCUGCCCUGA